AUGCCCCAUUCAAAACUAGCAAUCCUCAAACACGCCCCAACAGUUUACCGGAAACGCCGCUCCAUCGACCUCCGCAACCGCCACGGCACCCUCCUCGGCCUCGGCGGCCUCUCCAACGACUACUCUCCCUUCCCAACCGCACAACCUCCAGGAACCAGUCCCCUUCAUCACAUCCACGCCCACAACCAUGGUCAUAACCAUACCCAUAGCCGCCCACCGCCUCUCCUCCGUCGCCAGUCAACAACAACCCGUGGCCACAAAUCCUUCAUGGACAUCGACCUCCCCUCCAUCCGCGCCCUCUGUCGUGAACCAUCGAUGAUGGAACUCGACCCGCCCACUACCCUCUUUGCACCCACCCCUUCCCCCGCACACUUCCUUCCGGGGCCUUGGGCUUUCUUUCAAGCUGCUGAGGCGCAACGGGCGCAACGACAGACGCAGAUGGAGUUCCUGACACGGUUACAGGAGUUGAGGGCGAGGGAUGAACAGUGUUUUGUCCAGUUGAUGGCCGGGUUUGCGAAGGAGUGCCCAGUCCAGUUUGCGCAGUUAACUGAGUUUAUGAGGCGGAUGGAGAAUGAGCUUGCCUCUGCUGCUGCUCAGGAGGAGCAGCAGAAUAACCAGAACAGUUUUCUCAAAAACGGUGGUGUCGGUGGUCCUUUCCAACAAGGGCAUCAGCAGCAGCAGAGACGAUACAGUCACACGGGUGUGGGUGCGAGCCAGGACUACUGGGGCCGAGUUCAGGAACAUAGGGAAAGUCGAGGGACCAAGAUGGGACUGCUCGAGUUGGCACAGCUGUUUGGGAACCAGGUUCAGGCCCGGUCCAGUCACGGAGAACGGUUCCACCGUGAUCAGCAGCAGCAACACCUCCAGCAACUUCGACAGCAGUAUGGUGGUUCAUUUUCACAGUUGAUUGACCGUCGUGCAAGUCUUGGAACUAUCGGAACAGGAGGAGGCGCAGGAGGAGGAGCUAGUAAUGGAAAAGGAAGUCGACAUGGUGGUAGGAAUGGUCGUCCGGGCGGUGUCAAUGGUCAGUCACGGUCUGCAUCCAUGCCUGUCCUCCGUCGAGGCAAGACUUUCCAACAACAGCAGCAGGCCAUGCAGCAAUUGACCGCCUACCAACGACAAUUGUACCAGCAUGUCCAACAGGCCUACCAGCAACAGCAACAGCAACAACAGCAGCACUUGGGUUAUCAGAGCCCUUUGGGUAACGGCAGUGCGGGGUUUGUCACAUCGCCGAUUGCUAUCCCGUUGACCCACGAGCUCAUGGAAUACGCAGCAAUGACAGUCGCCAUGUCAACCGGACCCGCAAGCCCCACACACAGCAGCAACAGCAGCAGCGUCAACAACCUCCCUGCCUUAAUCAACAGCCUGUCUUCCUCCCCACCCUCGUCCCUGUCCUCCGCAUCGCCUUCAUCCUCUACAGGGUCUAGGUCCCCGCUGUCACCACCAGCUUACACCAGUCUGAUAGGUCAAUUCCAACAACAACGACAGCAACAGCAGUGUCCGCCUCUGUCUUUACAACAACAAGCCGUCGGUCUUGGUGAGCAGUCAUACUUCUUCCAGAACCAAGACCCUCUCGAGCUAGCGGCGAUUAACAUGCACAUGAAUAUGAACUCUCAAGGAUCCUCGCGUCGUCAACGAUACAAGCCUACCCCUGUCCGCACCCUCUGA